AUAAUGAUUACGAAAUAAGCGUCCUAAGUGGGGAAACAUGACUAUUACUUACUUCUACAUGUCAGUCUACUUCAGAAAGGUAUUCGCGACAGUAACAAAAUGUGGAAGAUUAUUUGUAAAGUGUUUAUCGUUUCAUCUUUGUGGUUUUUAAUAGCCAGCAACAUAACAAGUGCCGAUAGAAUACUUAUGCUUAUGCCUACAUCAUUUUAUAGUCAUCAAAUAAUUUUCCAAUCGUUGUGUUUAGCUUUAAGUAAACGUGGACAUGAACUGACCAUAGUAACUUCAAUCUCGUUAAAAGAUUUGAUAACAAAAAACUAUACAGAAAUAUAUUUGGCAGAUUUAAAGCACCAAACCAAUGAGUAUAUCGAUAAUUCACUAGAAAUGAAGACGAGCGAUUUACUGAAAUUCGCGUGGAAAAUGUCACAUCGAGGAAGCAUAGAAACAUUUAACAACUCAGAAUUUAAGGAAAUCUAUAGACACGAUAGCAAUAAAAAGUUCGACGCAGUUAUUUUGGAAGUAUUAUGUUAUCCAUCACUAGCUGUUAUAGCGCAUAGAUUUAACGCUCCUCUUAUAGGACUUUUACCCCUGGGCAUACACAAUUAUCAUCGAUAUCUUUUUGGAAGUCCUAUUUUCUCAUCGCAUCCUUCGAACUGGGAAUUAGAUGUGUUAGUUGACGAAAAUCCGUCAAUUUGGCAAAGAUUGUGGUACUUUAUCGACACAUGGCGGCUUGUUUAUUUUUGGAUGAAUGAUUAUGCGACGGUAGAGCAGGAAAUCGUUGAAAAAUAUCUCGGAAACGAUGUACCAAGUAUCAUCGACGUAAUGAAGAACAUGAGUUUGUUGCUAGUCAACGAGAAUCCGGUACUCGCAUACCCUAAACCCGAGCAACCAAAUGCAAUAUUUUUUAACGGUAUCCACAUACAAAACCCGCCACCGACUUUACCAAAAAACUUGCAACAAUUCCUGGACGACGCAAUGGAAGGAUUUAUUUACGUGAGUUUUGGAACUAUGGCCACCUGCCGCAAUUUACCGAAAGAAACGCUGAGGAACUUGGUUGAAGUAUUUUCGAAGUUACCUUAUAAAAUAGUUUGGAAAUUUGAGUGCGAUGAGUUGCCGGGAAAGCUCGAUAAUGCAUUUAUCUCAAACUGGUUUUUACAGCAAAGCGUACUCGCUCAUCCGAACAUCAAGCUGUUUAUUUAUCAAGGAGGGGCCCAAAGUACCGAAGAAGCUGUCCAUUACGCGGUGCCAAUCUUAGGAAUUCCGACUAUAUUCGAACAAGAGAAACGAGUUCACCGAUUGGUCUCGUUUGGUGUGGCAGAAUGUAUUCAAUUAAACGAUUUAACCAAAGAACGUCUUGAUAGUGCUAUUUAUCAAAUCCUCGAUGAUAAAAGUUACAAAGAAAAGAUGGUGUAUCUAAGUUCUCUCGCCAAGGAUCAACCAUAUAACAACACCGAGAAUGUAAUAUGGUGGAUAGAAUUUGUGAUGCGUCACAAAGGGAUAGAUCAUCUUCGAUUUAGUGACAGCGAUAAACCAUGGUAUCAACGUUACGAUAUGGAUAUUGUUGCGUUAUUAGCCUUGACAUUAUUUAUAAUGGAAUGCGUAAUAGCGCUGAUUGUCAUCAAAAUUAUACGUUUCAUCUUAAAUAAAACUGUUCUUUAUUCCCAACAUCAAAUGUUAAAAUCUUGAGAUUUUUCAACGUAAUAAAAAUAAUAUA